AUGGCAGAUCCAUACAACGCUUACAACUCACACUCAACCCCUACGCCGAGCGGGGUUGGCUACUAUCCCCCAGAAGGUCAGCCUCAGUACCCGGUAUAUGGCCAGCCAUACGGAAACCAAGAGCCGUACCAUUACCCCGAAUCAGAGCAAUACAACCCCGGACCAGAGCCUUAUCAGCCUAGUCCGAACCCAAACCAGGCCUAUGCUCCACAGCAAAGUUCAUACCACCUUGCGCCCGAGCCAUAUGGAUCCUCCAUGGAGAGAAGCCAUACGCCGACAGGGCAGCCAGACUACCUUGGGCCAGUGACUUCAACAGGAUAUCAACAUGCGCAAGACAGAAUCCCCGAGAACGCAGAAUACUACAACGACCAUCCAGCCGACAAACCACGGUACACACCCUCCGCAAGUCCCCACCCUCCCGCCGUCUAUGUAUCCGAACCAGAAGAUUCGCAGCACACUCGCGAACAGCGCUCCGAUACAGACACCGACACUGACCGGGGUAUGGACCGUGGGCUCGGCGGUUCGCUCGCUGGCGGCAUGGCGGGCUAUUACCUUGGUCAUAAGAAAGAACAUGGCUUGCUGGGUGCGAUUGGCGGUGCUCUACUUGGGAACUUCCUGGAGGACAAAGUGAAGGAUCACAAGAAGCAUGACGAUGAUAUUCUCGUCAUGCCAGCCAUUCGAGGCACCGCGAUGAAGAUGAAUACUGAGUGA